CAUUGCAGUCAACGUGAAAACGAUUUGAAUUCUGAGAGCACACAGGCAAAAGCACCUCAACUGAGGACCAACUCUUCUUUGGGUCAGACUAAGGAAAGGGUACGUGGUUAGCGUGCAAGAAUGCAUGUCCUGCAGAUUCUCUGUCUAGCAGUCAUCGUUGCCUUGUGCCACGCUUCUCCGGACACCACCCUGAAUGACCAGUGGGAACUGUGGAAAAGUCAACAUGAAAAAAUGUACACAGAGCAGGGAGAAGAAGCCCACAGGAGGCUAGUCUGGGAGAAGAACCUGAGGCUCAUAGAGAAACACAACCUGGAAGCUUCACUAGGCCUGCACUCCUUCACCAUGGGGCUCAACCAUUUCGCUGACAUGACAGAAGAGGAGGUGGACGCCACUUUCGACUGUCUGAGAGAAGAGCCAGAUGACUUCCUGUCUGGAAACGACACAUUCAAGCCACCACAAGACGCCACAAUCCCAAAAUCUGUGAACUGGAGGACCAAAGGCCUGGUCAGCCCAGUAAGAAAUCAGGGGCACUGUGGCUCCUGCUGGGCUUUCAGUGCAGUGGGGGCCCUGGAGGGGCAGAUGGCACGAAAAAAUCGCAGGAUGAUACCACUGAGCCCACAGAACCUGAUGGACUGCAGCACCCGUUAUGGUAACCAUGGUUGCAAAGGUGGCAAUGUGCGCAAGGCUUUUACCUACGUCAUUGAGAACAAGGGCAUCGACUCGGACAAAUUUUACCCCUACAAGGCAAAGGAAGGGAAAUGUCGCUACUCAGUUAAGGGGAAAGCUGGAUACUGCAGGAAGUAUCGGGUCCUUCCACAGGGUGAUGAGAAGGCACUGAAGAAAGCUGUUGCCACCGUGGGCCCUGUAUCUGUCAGCAUCUAUUCCAAACUGCCCUCUUUCCGCUUCUACAAAAGGGGAAUAUAUCACGAUCCAAAAUGCACUCUGAAACCCAGCCACGCAGUGCUGGUAGUGGGGUACGGCACAAAGCGUGGGAAGGACUACUGGCUUGUGAAGAACAGCUGGGGAACAGGCUGGGGGAAGAACGGAUAUGUUCGGAUGGCCAGAAAUAAAAAGAACCUGUGUGGAAUUGCCAACCGGCCUAUAUAUCCCAUAGUGUGAUAUUACUGGCUGAUCAGACACAUUCUAAUAUGUGUCCAAGACUGUUUCAAAAUACAAUCUUAAUGUAAACCUGUCAAAUAUGGCUGGUGAAGUAUCACAAUUAAAACAAUGAAUUCAUUUUCAAAAAAUAUUACAUGA